GUUAAACUCAUAACUUUAUAACUUAGUGUUUAAUGUAAUUGACUUAAAAGACAAUAAGAAAUCAGGACGAAGCCAGUCUCGAUUGAGGUCCAUCAGCUGUGAUCUGAGGCCACUCCCCCAACAGAAACUGUAUUUAAAUCUCAUCCUAAGCACUGACCUGCCAUUGUGCAACUCGUUUUUGACAAGAAAGCUACUGGAGACUUCUAGAAUUGUGGAAACGUUGUUAUUCGCAGUGACAGGACUCAAUUUACUGCCCUGUGGCGUUGUGGACACUGAGUAAACCAGAGCUGCCUCCUGAUUGGCUGCCCUCCUCCUCCCUGCUCUCCUAUUGGCCGACGGACUCUUGACCUGUGACUGUUUCAUUGUGAGAAAACUCAGUCUGAAUCUACUGUGAACAGGUCGCCAUGACGUCCGUCCAGGAUCAGAUCAGGAAGAAAAGAGAUGGAAAAACGCUGGCGAACGAAGAAAUUAAAACAUUUAUUGACGCUGUUACAAACAAAACGAUUCAGGACUGUCAGACAGGAGCCAUGCUGAUGGCCAUCUGGCAGAAGGGAAUGGUCCCCGAAGAGGUCGAGACGCUGACCCGUGAGAUGAUGUCAUCGGGGGAAGUGAUGUCAUGGCCGAAGGAGUGGGCGGGGCUUGUGGUCGACAAACACUCAACAGGAGGCGUCGGAGAUAAAGUCAGUUUGGUGUUAGCACCCGCCCUAGCUGCCUGCGGCUGUAAGGUGCCGAUGAUCAGUGGGCGGGGCUUAGCGCACACAGGAGGAACUCUGGAUAAACUGGAGUCAAUUCCUGGAUUCAACAUCCACCAAUCAGCUGCUCAGAUCCUGGAAAUCCUGGCCUCGGUGGGCUGUUGCAUUGUGGGUCAGACGGAGACUUUGGUCCCUGCAGAUCGAGUCCUGUACGACCUGAGAGACGCCACCAGCACCGUCGACAGCCUGCCUCUCAUCACUGCCUCGAUCGUCUCAAAGAAAGGAGCCGAGUCUCUGUCGGCGCUGGUUCUGGACGUGAAGUUUGGACGAGCCGCUCUGUACAAAGACCUGGACAGCGCUAGAGAGCUAGCUCAGUCACUGGUGCAUACUGGGAACUUGCUGGGCAUGCGCACGGCGGCGGCACUCAGCUGUAUGGACGCUGUGAUUGGUCGAUGUGUGGGCAACAGUCUGGAGGUGAUGGAGUCUCUGGAGACGCUGAAGGGGCGAGGACCUGAAGACCUGAUGGAGCUCGUCACAACUCUGGGCGGCUUGUUGCUGCAGAUGACUGGCUCUGUGUCCGACCUAUCAGAGGGCAGGAAGAAGAUUUCUGACGCUGUGAUUGGUGGAGCUGCUCUCUCAAAGUUCCAGGCCAUGAUGGAGGCUCAGGGAGUAGCCAAUGAGACGGCUCGGUCUCUAUGCUCCGCCCACUCAGAUUACUACAGCGUCCUGAGGAAAGCUGAGCAUCAGAUGGAGCUGAAGACACCGACAGAUGGAGAGGUGUUGGAAAUCGAUGGUUUGGCUUUAGCUGAAGUUCUCCAUAAAUUGGGGGCGGGACGAUCGAAGGUGGGAGAACCUGUCAAUCACAGCGUGGGGGCGGAGCUUCUGGUGUUGCUGGGUCAAAGAGUCAGCAAAGGCGCCUCCUGGCUGCGGCUGCAUUUCGAGACUCCGCGUGUGACUGCAGAUCAGAUCGCUCGCCUGCAGGGGGCGCUGACUGUCGGAUCAAACACACCCACACACACUCACACACACACUUUAGUGAGGGAACUACUGCCGCCUCAGUGACGCUAUAUUUAAUACUUAAACACAACUUGAUCAUGUGACUGAAGUCCAUGCUUUUACAUAAAACAGUUUACAAAAGUCACGCUUACUAAAAAUAAACUUCAAUAAAAGGACAAAGGUGUGAAUAUGUUUCCAAUGUAUAACCAGUGGCGGUUCUAGACCAAUUUGACUGGGGGGGCCACUGGGGGGCCAGUUAUUUUCUGAGGGGGUAAAUAAUAAAUAAAUGCAGGACGAAAAAGA